AUGUUGGUUCAAGUUAUAGUGGUGGUUUUCGCCGCAAGUGUUAGCUUAGUGCAUACACGACAUGUCGUAGACACCAGUGUUCAUAGACACGCAGGCUUAACGGAAAUGCAACAUGCUCACACUGACCCCAUAACAUUUGGCCAGACUGAUACUCAAGGCAAGUUCGUAGUGCCAAAAAUAAAUCAGCAACAAACAACACCAGUUAACAGUGAGAGUAAUAAUAAAUUACGUACUAAUCAAAACAGGGAUACAGGUUAUACAGGAAAUGAAUCAUCGAGGAAUCAGUACGAAAAUGUGUCGAAUGAACCGCAACGUAGCCAGUUUACCGUUAAAGCAAUAAAACCUAGAAGAAUUGACGACCGUGCUUACAAUAAUGACUAUCAGUUAACAGAAAGAAAUAAGAAGCAACUUACAAGUCAACAAGGCCACAAUAAAACACGCGAAUCAGAUCGCGACAAUAAUAUUUACAAACAAGAUGAUAUAGUUAAAUCAACCACUAGUUCUGUUAAUCCAUCAAGAGAUCAGAACAGAAGACUCUAUCAGGAAAAGAUCCAGGAAAUCGUAAGAACACCAAUAAAAUUUGAACAGGCAAACGAUGACUACAAUCCAGACAGAAUAGUUUUUAUACAAAACGUGAAAGAUCAAGAAAAUAGUAUUUAUAACGGAAUUGUAACGCCACCAACCACAAAGCUUUUUACAAACAAACCAAGCCAGACACACAAAGACAGCUAUACAUCUACUACGAUAGGUCCAGAUCUUGAAGAUAGAGUUGCUAUUUCUGGUGAUAAAUGCCCCAUGGGACAGACGAAGAUUGUGGGCUCUGAUCGUUGCGUAAAAGUUGAUACUUGA